UGUAUUUCUGUAUGCCAAUUACAAUUCUAUUCGCAAUUUAUAUACACACAAUAAAAUUUUUAAUUAAAUUUUCAUAAAUUACCAUAAAUAUAAUUGUUAUAAAACAUACCACUGGAAACAUACAACAAAAUAUCUACACAUUUCGUGAAGAACAACAAUCCAUGUAUGCCGGCUAUGAGAAAUCAAUUCUAAUCUAUUCUCCAAAAUAUACCUAAUCAAUGCUGAACGAUUGCAAAAGAACUUCCACACCAACAUAAAAUACAGUAAAAAUUGAUUAUUAAUGAAGACUUGGUAUUAAAAUUUAAAGAGUAAAUACAAAAAAAAAUUGAUCAUUUGUAUAACUAACGUUAAGGUGUUUGGAAGAACUUUCUUUUGUUUAUACUAUACCCAUAAAAAUUGUCUCUAGCUAUUGUGUGUGGCGAAUGUCCGGGGAAUAAAUAAAUUAUUGAAAGUUCAAAGUUGAACUUUGUACUGUAAAUAUUACAGUAAGAAAUAAUAUAAAUUUGUAUAUUAAACAAAGGAAUUAUAAAUAAUGGUGGCUUCUUCGAAAUUAAGUCAAGUAUUUACAUAUGAAUCAUGGGUACAUGCUGUAUCUGGAGCUGCUGGUGGCUGCAUAGCUAUGUCAACCUUUUAUCCAUUGGAUACCGUACGUUCCCGUUUACAAUUGGAAGAUCCCGAUAAAACCGGAGAGGCACGCAGUACCAUGAAAGUCAUCAAGGAAAUUGUAUUGGGCGAAGGAUUCCAAUCGUUAUAUCGUGGUUUGGGACCGGUUUUACAAAGUUUAUGCAUUUCAAACUUUGUCUACUUCUACACGUUCCACACUUUAAAGGCAAUAACCAGCGGUGGUGAUAAAAAACAACAAAGUGCCCUAAAGGAUUUAAUGUUGGGCGCCAUAGCUGGCAUCAUUAACGUUUUUUCAACCACACCAUUUUGGGUUGUUAAUACCAGAUGCCGUAUGCGUGAUGUGGCCGGCACUUCGGAUGAAGUAAAUAAAUACUACAAAAGUCUUCUCUCCGGUUUACAGUAUGUAGCUAAAACAGAAGGCGUUAAGGGUUUAUGGUCUGGUACAAUACCAUCGUUGAUCCUAGUGUCAAAUCCUUCAUUACAGUUUAUGAUGUACGAGCUUUUAAAGCGAAAUUUAAUUAAGUUUUCCGGUAGAACGGAAAUUUCCAGUUUAGGAUAUUUCUUAAUUGGUGCUGCAGCUAAAGCUUUUGCAACGGUGUUAACCUAUCCACUGCAAUUGGUACAAACAAAACAAAGACAUCGUUCGAAGCAUGGCAGUGGUCCUUCAACCUCAAAACAAGCUGCUGGUACACAGGAAAUUGGCAUGAUUCAAAUGAUACUGGAUAUAAUUAAACAUCAAGGCUUUAGAGGGCUAUUCCGUGGCAUGGAGGCAAAAAUUUUACAAACUGUCUUAACAGCCGCCUUAAUGUUUAUGGCGUACGAGAAAAUUAAUAAUACCGUUGGUCUACUCCUUAAAAAAACCCCUGCCAAAGUUAUGUAAAAAUAAUAAUGCCCCUGGAAGUGGUUGAAGAAAUUUUAGUCAAUAAUAAUAAGGUUACGGAUGGGAAUGUUGUACAUUCCAAUAGAUUUACUAUUAAACUUACAUGUGUAUGUACAUAUGUAACUUCAAACAUUAGUAAAUGUUUAAAAAUUUAAAGCAUUUCGUAUUUUUUUUUAAUUGAUAACGAAAAAUAAUUUAUUGAGAAAGAAAUAAUAAACAUUAAUCUUAGUUUUGAAAAUAUAAAA